AUGAGCUCGCUCAGACACCAUAGAAUUAUCAUUGCCUCUCUCUUUCUUCCGACGACCAUAGUUAUCGGGGACUCGACGCCGCCGUCCCCAGACGAGAAUGCCCUCGCAGUCGGUACUCCGGGCCCGACGUUCUUGCAGUCCGUCCCUCCCACACGAUCGACGCUCCAGAACAAGCCUGCAGGGCCUCUAAGGAGUAUAGUCGAAGAUCUGAAGGACAAGUCGAGACAAGUCACGCCAGCUGUUACACCUCGCUCGGAAUCUAGCAACCCGUUCAGUUUCCCCACGCGAGCCCUCGGCAACAACACAAACGGCAAUUCAGCGACAUCACUCGUAAAUGCACUUUCCGCGAAGGCCCUCGCCAACGGUGUGAACGGGCAUGGGAAUGGAGCGAAGCGGCACCAGACGACUCACUCGAACAGCACAGCUGCACAGACGAGAGUGCAGCGGCGCUUGUCGCGCGGGACCGCGUCCCACCGGACGUCUAGCCGCUCGCUGUCGUCCACCAGGCACGAGUCGGUUUCGCACAGUACUCCAUGGCACAUCGAAAGCAACCCACAUUGCAAUGGCGGUUUGAAGAACGCCGUGGAUAGCAUGGGCGGACGCCUGAAGCGCAAGCUCUGGGUCGGCACACUCGGCACGAACACAGACGGUUUCCGCGAGAGCCUGAAGCGUAAUAUGGAAUGGCGGAUGCGCGACGAGUGCGACAGCCUGCCCGUCUGGAUCCCCGACGCGGAGUUUGCGAGCUGCUACGACGAGUUCUGCCAUCAAGUGCUCUGGCCGUGCCUGCACUACGCGAUUCCAGACGCGCCGAAGACAAAGUCGUUCUACGAGUCCGAGUCGUACAAGCAGUACGUCGCAGUGAACCAGCGGUUUGCAGAUUCAAUCGCGUCUGUGUACCAGGAUGGGGAUAUCAUCUGGGUGAACGACUACCACCUCAUGCUGCUCCCCACGAUGCUGCGUACACGGCUGCCAGGGGCUCCCAUUGGGUUCUUCAUGCACGUCGCAUUCCCGUCGUCGGAGAUCUUCAGAUGCCUGAGCGUGCGCGAGGACCUGCUGAAAGGCCUCCUCAGCGCAGACCUGAUCGGAUUCCAGACAGCGAACUACGCGCGGCACUUCCGGCAGACGGUGAGCCGUAUCUUGGCUGCGGAGGCGCUGCCCAAGGGCAUACAAGUGGACGACCGGUUCGUUGACGUUGGUGUCUUCCCCAUGGGCAUCGAUGUGGUGAGCUUGACCGAGAAGAAGCGUGAUCCUGAAGUAGCCGAAUGUAUGGCUUCGAUCCGGCAGCGCUAUGCAGGUAUGAAGAUUAUCGUGGGUCGUGACAAGCUCGACGGGAUUCAGGGCGUGCGACACAAGAUUCAAGCAUUCGAGGCAUUCCUUGAUAAGUACCCAGAGUUUCAGGGCAAGGUCGUCCUCAUUCAAGUCGCUCUCCAGACCACUGAGGAAAAUGAGACGCAAGGCGGCGUCGCGGAUGUUGUAUCGCACCUGAACUCGCGCUUCUCGACCUUGACGUACCAGCCUGUGGUUUUCCUGCACACGCAGGACCUCACGUUCAGCCAAUAUCUUGCAUUGUUGACCAUCGCAGACGCGUUCGUGGUGACGAGUUUGCGAGAGGGAAUGGCUCUCCGCACGCACGAAUUUGUGGAGUGCCAGGAAGAGAGGCAUAGGCCACUGGUUCUCAGCGAGUUCACGGGAUCGUACAGCUAUAGUGGCUUCCGUUCUUGCAUUCCAAUCAAUCCGUGGGACAAGCGAAUGACUGCAAAGGCUAUCCACCAGGCCUUGACCAUGAGUGAUCAGGAGGCCCUGUCGCGAUGGGAGGACCUGCAUAGUCACGUCGUGACGCAGAGUGCGCAAGCAUUUGUGACCUCUUUCCUCGUCCGCUGCCUGCGGGCGAACCUAGAGCACGUUCAAACAGACAUUGUUGAGGUAGCCACACUUGACGUGCCCCGCGUCCUUCCACCAUACCGACACAGCACGAAGCGGCUGCUGCUCAUUGACUUUGAGGGCACUAUGUGGCAGCGAGAUAUGCGCACCUUGGGUAGAGACGAAUUCAACCCGCCAAAGGGAGCCCUCGAUGUCCUCAACCGGCUCGCAGAAGACUCACAUAAUGAUGUCUGGCUGCUAAGUGGUCUGCCUGUGAAGGGCAUGAUGGACAUCGUCGCUGAGGCGGUGCCCAAGAUUGGCAUUGUCGCUGAAAACGGAUGUUUCAUCAAGACUCGUCCGGGACGUAGUGGAGAGUCAACGUGGCUCAGCAUGGUUACAAACUUCAACCUCACGUGGAAGGCGCCAUGUAUGGAAAUUCUCAACUACUUCACCGAACGUACCCCUGGGUCGUUUAUCGAGGAGAGGGAAGCAUCAGUGGUUUGGCGCUUUUGGACCGAUCCCGAUGAACCCACAUCUGACCGUCUAUGGGCACGCCGACAAGCUGCGGAAGCACAGAACCAUAUCUUCGACAGUCUCGGAGAACGAUAUGGCUUGCGCAUCAUUCCAGGCGCAAACAGCUUCCUCGUACUCCCGAAUAAUAUAUCGCGCUCCACCGCCGUCGGCGCGAUCAUUCACCCUGGGGGCCCCGCGCACUCCGCUCUGGCUUCGCGAGCUGCUUGGCUGGCACCAGAGGCCACGGAAACGGAGAGCAUAACGGACUUCGAUUUCGUGCUGGCAGUUGGCAAAGACCAGAAGCUGAUGCGGCGCCUGAACGAGCUCGACAACGCCGAGACCGUGUCAACCGGCAACAAACCAACGGGAGCGAAAUGGAAGCUCGAGCCGGAGCACGUCAUGGACGCCCUCUGGCGAUUCGCAGAGGCGAAAUAGAUCAAAACUGAGUUGAAUAGAGAUGAAGUUCUGAAGGAGCUGUAUGACAGGGCAGAAGUAGAAUUGCUCCAUUAUCUUGGGUACCCCGACCGCCGAUUCGUUAUGUUGUAGAGUUUUGUAAUUGUGUAAAGGUACAGGAAUGUCGAUCCAA